AUGGGAGGAGCCAAGCCUUCAGCUGCCUGUCCUCCCAUCGCCAUUUCUGCUGUCCGCAAGCUACUGCAGUUCAUGCUGUCACUCCCCUCGCUCCCGCCGCAGCCUACCCACCAUUGCUGUUUGCCCGAAGGGGUCGUGGGUUUCUCGACUUCUCAUCGGGAUGGCGAAGUUGUUCUGAGAAAGGACCCCAAGAAAGGAUUUGGGAGUGAUUAUCCAUUCACUGUUCAUGAACUAGUGGUUGAUACGGCCACGAAGUUUCCUGACUUCAUUGCUGUGGGGACAAGGAAAACAAAUGAAUGGGAAACCAUAACCUAUAUCGAGUAUUAUGAGUUGUGUCGGAAGGCGGCAAAAUCCUUACUUAAGCUUGGCCUCGAGCGCUUUCAUGGUGUGGGAAUCCUGGGUCAUAAUUGCCUUGAGUGGCUUGUUGCUGACAUUGCCUCCAUUUUUGCUGGAGGCAUUGCCGUGGGCAUUUUCCCCAGCAAUAGUGCCCAAGCCUGCCGGUUCAUUGCUGAAAACUCAGAGGCUAACAUCAUCAUGGUGGAGGAUGACUGGCAACUUCAGAAAAUCCUUAAGGUCAGACAGUACUUAAAUCAUCUGAAAGCUAUUGUCCAAUAUAAAGACAAACUCAGAGAGAAGAUGCCUGGUCUUUACACUGUAUGUAUGACACAUGAAGGGUCAAGGAGACAGAGAGGGGAAGACAGUCAUUUAAAAUACAGGUGGCAAGAAUUCCUUGAAGUAGGGAAACUUGUUUCUGAUGAAGCCCUGGACAGAGUCAUUGAUUCCCAGAAACCCAACCAGUGCUGUACACUGAUCUACACUGCUGGUACCACUGGAUCACCAAGGGCAGUCAUGAUCAGUCACGACAAUAUCACAUGGACCUCAGGAGCUGUGCUACAAGGUCUUUCCUACAGUCUUCCCCCUAAUAAUCAGGAGAUCUUGGUGAGCUACCUUCCCUUCUGCCUCAUCUCUGCCCAGUUGUUUGAAAUCUGGAUCCCUAUAACCAUUGGGGCAUCCCUCUUCUUUGCUGAAGCUGACGCCAUGAAGGUUCGGGGAUCUCUAAUAAACACACUGCGGGAGGUGAGACCUACUUCCUUCUGUGGAGUCGCUGGGAUCUGGGAAGAGUUCCAAGAGAGCAUGAACACAACUUAUGCAUCAUCUACUCCAUUCAGGAAGGGUAUAAUUAAUUGGGCCAAGAAAGUGGGAUACAAAGCAAACACAAGACACGAAGACGAGAAUGGCCAGAACCCCGUCAGCUUCCGUCUGGCUAAGAAGCUGGUGUAUGACAAGGUGCGCAAGGCCUUGGGCUUUGACCGCUGCCUCCAGUUUCUUAGCAUAGGCUCCGGCAUCACCAAGGAAAUGCAAGAGUUCUUCCUCAGCUAUGACAUAAUCUUGUUCCAGACCUAUGGGAUGACUGAGACCACAGGAGCUCAUUCUGCCUCCAAUGAAGAAAACCACAAGUGGUUUAGCUGUGGGAAGCCGAUGACGGGCAGCAAAACCCAGGUGCGGGACGAAGACCGAGAGGGCGUAGGGGAAUUCCACAUCUGGGGCAGGAACGUUUCCAUGGGUUACCUGAACAACGAGCACAAGACCAAAAGGAUCUUUGACAAUAAAGGCUGGCUGCACACCGGAGACGUGGGCUUCUUAGAUCCGGAAGGUUAUCUCCAUUUCACCAGCAGGCUUGAAGAUGUCAUCAUGACCAGUCGAGGGGAGAGAAUCUUUCCUGUUUCAAUUGAGAACAUGAUAAGGGAACAGAUUCCCAUUGUCCACUAUGCUAUGGUUGUGGGAAACCAGGCCAGGUUCCUGUGUGUAUUACUGACACUAAAGAGUGUAAUGAAUGAGGACACAGGGGAGCCUCGAAACAAUUUGACACCGGAAGCCAUCGAGUUUUGCAGAAAGUAUAAUAGUAAGGCCACCAAAGUGUCAGAGCUCAUAGAGAACCAAGACCCCGCCAUUGACGCAGUUAUACAGAAGGGCAUUGAUGCUGUCAACAAGGAAGCUUCCUCCGAGUCUCACCAAAUCCAAAAAUGGAAAAUCUUGGAGAAGGACUUCUCAAUGAAAGGUGGAGAACUAGGUCCAACCUUGAAGCUGAGACGGACGUUUGUCACCAGACGGCUCCAACCGAUAAUCAGCAGUUUCUAUACGUAGCUCCACCUGUGGUCUGGAUGCCCAGGUAUCCACUGACUGGGGAAGACUCCCUUCUUUUUUACCGAUUGUAUGUGACCCCAUGAAGAACCUUUUUUUGGCUUUGUUUUUUGGUGCUGAAUGUCAAGGAAUUUACCUGCUUCUUUUGGGAGAAGGGGAUUGAAGAUUCCAGAAGGUGAUCCUGAAUUUGUCACAGUGUUUACCCUCUUCUUGAGGAGCAGGGUUUAAAAUGAAGCAUCACCUUCCAUAAGAAAU